AAGAACUUGAAGAAAGCUACAAAAUUUCUGAAAGUAAUCAAAACAUUCUAGAAUUAACUAAGGUAAGUUCUAAUGAGCAAGAACCAAAGGAUAAUGAAGAGACUUCUGAUAAUAAUCAAAAAAAUCUAAAAGAAAAAGAAUAUACCUUCAAAGAAGAUUAA